AUGUGGGCUGGACGAUUGGCCGGUUGGGCGUGCUGCGUCGGGGCCGUUUGCCUUACCCUCGUGGCGACAUGGCAGUGCCGAGUUCGUUGGAAGGGGACAUCCGGCUUUGGAGUGUCUCGAGGAGGCGCUUCUCACAGGCAGGUGGGAAUGGAGAGCCUGAGCCAGCUGCAUUGUCAUCACUGCCCUUUCACAGAGGCAUUGCCUGUCUGGCAGCCAUCGAACUUGAGCGUCCGGAUGGAUCUCCAACUCCUUUGGCCCACGAACGGCACUCUCCACGUGGCCGUUGAUGAUGUUGUUAAGGCUAAGGUCCGCCACUCUCCUGCUGUGGAUGUUGGAAAUGCGCCGUUCGUGUUUGCGUGGCUCCGCUCUGUUGACGACACCCUGCUCACUGCCGAGGCAGGGGUGCCUGAAUUGCAGAACUUCCGGAGGGGAAUUCCCAGAGUUAUGAGUUGGGAUUUUUCCUUGAACAUCACAGACGCCGGCGUCUAUCUGGUCCACUUCCUGGCGGUCACACCCUCACCGUAUGCCAACCGGUCAAACCCGCGGGCCUUCCUCAUCGAAACCGUGCACGGAAGCCCGCAGACUCUGCAGGUGGUGCGGGGUGUUCAGGGCGUUCAGAGUGCUGCGUCUACGUCCACGGAAGACCCCUUCCCAACGCGCGCCUGCGAACUCGGGGUGGACGCGCUCAGGGGACGCUGGGUUCGAAGUGCAAAGGCUUCAAACUCCGGGAACAGCUCCAACUGUCGUUUGGGAUGUUCAAGGGAUGGCUGGACAUUUGUGUCGAGGACGUGCUUCUGGAAGACUUGCAGUGCUCAGGACAUACAUUCUCUGGCUCGGGCAGCUUCCAAGCGCCUUUCGAUUGUGGUAGCUGGGAGCUCUGUGCUUCGUGGCACCCUGCAAUCUUUGAUCGAUGCCCUGGUGCCGAAGGCCUGGGAAUCUUUCGCCGGAGUGCCGAGCAUUCCCGGCGAGGGUACGACGGUGAAGUGCUGGGGCUGGCUGGAGUUCCAUGCAGGGUACGAAGUAGCAGGCUUGCAUUUAGCCUUCUGGGACUGGCGGCUGCCAAGCUAUCAGAAAUCUCAUCGUGAAGCGGCCGCCGCGCGUAUCCGGAAGACGCUGGAGGAGGACCAGCCAGGCAUUCUGGUCAUCGAGCUGGGUUGGAACCAGAAUCUUCGAGGGGACGCGUCAUCACUGGACGCCGAGAUGCAGUUCUGCUGGGGGCCAAUCUUCCGCGAACUUCUCCCCAAAUUCCGAGGCAAGGUAGUCCUCUGCCUCGGGCCUGUGAGCCCCUUUCAUACCCAAAUCUGUACGUCAAAGUGUGCCAUCAGCUGGGAGCGCCAGCGGCUCGCGAAGCUUUCCCUCGCGAGGCUCCUGCAGUCUUGGCCAAGCGACAUACGUCUUGCAUGUAAAAGCAAGAUAUUCAUGGUCGACCCAGCACCAAUGGCGCUGCCUAUGUUCUUUGAUGGGGAAACUGACAUGAUCAGCAAGACCGCUUCUCAGCACUGGCAUCGAUACGACCUUUCGCCAUGGCCGGGGCGGAAGGUUUUUGGCAUCGUUGCCGACACGCUUGGUCACCUGUUCCUCUCACAGCUGUUGAAAUCCAGCCAAUUCAGGAGCGAGCCGACGACUGCGGUGGCUCACACUGCUCGGGCGUGCGCCCAAUGCCCUCGGCAUACCUGCUGUCCAUGGCGCCCGGUGCCACUAGAGCUCGAGCACUCCCUGAGCAAGACUACAAACCUGACCAAGAUGACCUCCUGGGCCAACUUGACCAUGGCGAGCUGUGGCCAGAUGCAUGUGAACAUGGCGGAGGAUCCUCAAAAAGUCGUGCGCCGACGUGCCGAACUUCCCGGAGCUGCAACGAACCCUAGACUUCCCAGGGAGGUUUAG